AUGGAGCUGGGCCACCGAGCAGGUACAACCACUUUGCCCAGGGCCCAUCUGAACAGCAAGGAAGACCACCAGGACACGAACCCCUGGAGAACUGCCCCCAGCCCUUUGGACACCUCUAAGUUCAAGUACCAGGCCCCAGUCUCCCCACAGCAGACCCUGUACCGGGGAGGCAGCCCCCUAAGGCAGGUCCACCUGGAGGAGGUCAGGACUCCACCCCCAUCGAUCAUCAGCAGCGACCGUCUGUCCCCGGGGAUGGACCCCCAGUGUGGGUCCCCGAGGAAGGGAGGCUACAGACCCCCCUCGAGGGAGAGCAGGGCUUCUUUCCGAGAGGGGGCUCAGCUGAACCAGGGGCUGAAGGAAGGCCCCAACACAGGAGCCCAGGACCAGAGGAGCAGCAUCAUUCCUGACAACAUUCGUCACAAGUUUGGGAGCAACGUGGUGGACGAGCUGGUCUCUGAGGAGCAGGCUCGAAGGGCCAUCGGUGAGGUCUUUGAGGGCCAGAGGAGGGCAAACUCAUGGCUCAGCAGGACCCAGAGUCCCAUGGAAAUCACCUCCAUCUUCUCAGACUACUAUGAUUUGGGCUACAACAUGCGAUCAAACUUGUCUCAAGGGGCCCCCGAGGAGACGAAGAGCCUCAUGAAGGCCUCCUACACCCCAGAGGUGAUUGAGAAAUCAGUGAGGGACUUAGAACACUGGCAUGGCAGGAAGACGGACGAUCUGGGACGGUGGCACCAGAAAAAUGUGAUGAAUAUGAACUUACAGAAAGCAUUGGAUGAGAGAUUCGGAGAAAAGAGCAAAAACAAGAGCUCAAAGUAUUAGAUACGACUGGGAAGAGUUGCCCUCCACUCAGAGAAAGCGCUAA